AUGCGGCCCCACCGCCCUACUCCUGCGGCCCCGUCGCCCUACUUCGCUGCCCCGCCACCCUACUCAUGCGGCCCCGCCGCUCUCCUCCUGCGGCCCCGCCGCCCUACUUCGCGGCCCCUCCGCCCUACUCCUGCGGCCCCACCGCCCUGCUCCUGCGGCCCCGUCGCCCUGCUUCGCGGCCCCGCCGCCCUACUCCCGCGGCCCUGUCGCCCUACCCAGCGGCCCCGCCGCCCUACUCCCGCGGCCAUGCCGCCCUACCCAGUGGCCCCGCCGCCCGUCUACUGCGGCCCCACCGCCCUACUUCGCGGCCCCGCCGCUCUCAGCUCCUGCAGCGCCGCCCAAGCCGCCGACCGCCGUGCCGCCCUGCAGCAGCACGCUCGAGCCGCUAACCGCCGCGCCGCCCUCCAGCAGCACAACCGAGCCACCCAGCAGCAGAGGAGCCGAGCCGCCCUGCCGCCGAGCCGCACUGCAGGCGAGCCGCCCGGCCGCCCACCAGCCGAGCCGCCGAGCCGCCCUACAGCCGAGCCGCCCGAGCAGCCCUGUCCGGGUCGAGCCAUUGACUUUGAGGUCUGGGUCGACGACCUGCAGCUGUUCUUAAAGUGCGAUAGGGCGGACGGUCUUUCUCUCUUUGACCUCACCUCUAGCGCCUCUCCUGCCCCUGCUGCUGAUGCUGACCCCACUGUUUGCUCCCAGUGGGCCACCCGCGAUGCUGCUGCAACGUCCAGGUAG